UCUUUCAUUCUCCAUCAUAACACCACAUCAAAGAAGAAUUUACUGGUCGAUUGUAAAAAACGUUUUGUUUUAGUUUUGUUUUCAUACGCUUUCGAAUAUAUUUUAUUGGCAAAUAAACUUUUUAAAAAAAUGGGUAAUCAACAGGCCAAAAAAGGCGAACAACUACCUUUUACAGCUGACGAACUGAAAGUUUUGGAACAUUCAUUUCGUCACACAUCAGGAGGACAUACAGAGAAAAUUACGGAAAACAAAUUAUUGGAAACAUGGUCCACGAUUGUCGAUAAAAGUUUAGCCCAGUUUAUUGCAAAUUUUCUGUAUACUGCAACGCCCACACCACAACAAAAACAACAGCAACGACAAGCUCAACGAGUUGGCACGAUAGCUUUUAGAAAAUAUACCGAACCUUAUUACAUAGUUGAACGAGGCUCUUUAGAUGAACAAAUCAAUUUUAUACACUUGUCUUUGGGAGGAAAGUCAGCGGAUGAAAUUGAUUUAAAACAACUUGAAAUGUAUAUUACUUCAGUUUUAUUAAGUUAUUUGCAUAUAAUGAGAGCUAGAAAUUCAACAGAAUAUGAAUCAUGGCUUAAAUUUGGCUAUCACUGUAAUGAUCGUUCGGCACAGUGUUUUGCCAAAGGUUUGAUACGCCUGCUGGAUAAGGAAACGGAAACAGAGUCUACAGCUUCUCUGUAUGCUUUAGAGAAAUGGUUGCAAAUAAAUCCUACCUUUCUCAUAAUAUGGCGUAACGUUUUCUCUCAUCUGUAUGGUUCUAAUAAUGGCAAAAAUGGCAAAUUGGGUUCACAACACACCAGUCAGCAAAUACUACCCAUACAAGAAGGUCUACCCAGCGGUACAAAUUAUUCACCAAUAUUGGAUAUACCACAUGUGAUUUAUAUUAAUAGCAAUAUGCCCGCUGAUUUAAGAAAUAAAUGGCGUUUUUUGUUUUCUUCGAAAAUAAUGGGCGAAAGUUUUUCCACCAUGUUGGGUAAAUUGCUUAAACGUGGUCCUACUCUUUUGGUUGUGGAGGAUGAAGAUCAUUAUAUCUUUGCUGGCUAUGCGCCCGAAUCAUGGGUUUUAGGCCCUAAUUUUCUAGGUGAUGAUAGCUCAAUGUUGUUUACUUUAAGUCCCGGCAUGCGUUGUUUUAAUACCACGGGCUAUAAUGAUCAUUAUCAGUAUUUGAAUUUAAAUCAACAGACAAUGCCAAAUGGUUUGGGAAUGGGUGGUCAAUUUAAUUAUUGGGGUCUAUGGCUAGACUGUGAAUACGGUCUGGGUCAUAGCGCGGAGUCCUGCACCACAUAUAAGGAUUAUGUCCAGCUAAGUAAACGUAAAGACUUUCGUAUACGGAAUCUAGAAGUUUGGGGUAUAGGAGAUGAACCCAAACAAGGAGAAGACAGUGAUGAGGAAGAGGAUGGCACCAAUAAACGUUCGAUAUUGGAUCAAAAUUUGGAAGAUCGUGUUAUGUUGGAACUGUCUGGUCGCAAAAUGCACUCAGAAGGCUUAAGAGAACCUGAUUUGGAUUUAUAAGUUUCACAAUUUCAACAAUGUUCUAUAUAUUUGCUCAUGUAUUAACGUAAGUUUGUGCUGCAAAUUUUUUCCUACAACCUUCUUUGUAAAUUAGUUUUAACCAAAGACAAUAAUGUGGACCAUUUUGUGGACAAGUUUAAGUGAAAUGUUCUUUAAAAGAAUUUUAAAAGUGUUUAGAAUUUAAAAAAAACUCAUUCCUUUUACAGAUUUCUAAAAUUUAAAUUAAAAUGUUCUUUCAAUAAUAAUUAAGGCAAGAAGAAAAGAGAAAAAAACAAAGAAAA